AUGGUUGGUUUAAACGGAGUAGUCUCAACCGACCCGGGAGUGGACGACAUCGUAGCUAUACUGCUGGCAAUUGCUUCCCCGGAGCUGGAAAUCCUUGGUUUUAUUACAAGUUUCGGUAACACUGACAUCGAGAGCUCACAUCUCAACAUUUUGAAAGCUUAUCAGGCCAUUUCUCGGCAUAUCGAACGAUUGCCUGCGGACGCUGCGCGGUUUCCCAACUUCUCCGCCGCCUCGAAGCCCUUCCUAGCGCGGGGGAGCGCCGGUCCAUUGGAAGGCGAGAUACACAGCGCACAAUAUUUCCAUGGAAGGCGAGUCUGUCUCACUAGUCUCAGAGCACAACCUGUCAUGAUCUUCAGAGAUGGAUUAGGCGAUAUCACAAAGCGUCACCCAGAGUUGGAUCUGGAUCCUGAGUACGCGGCUUCUCAGCAGUCGUAUCUCACUGUCACAGAUCGACCUGGCGUGGAUGUAGCUGCAGAGCUGAUUGAAAGCCGGCCACCUCGAACAGUCACAUUCCUGGCCCUAGGGCCUCUAACUGAUCUCUCGUGUCUGAUGUCCAGAUAUGGCGCCACGAUUCGAGACAGAAUCGGGCGGAUCGUCUGCAUGGGCGGGGCUCUGGAUGUGCCAGGAAACACCACACCCGUCGCAGAAUUCAAUUUCUUCGCAGACCCCUUCGCUGUGAAGAAUCUUCUCGUCGAAGGCAAGGAGACAGACGAUCUUCUUCUUCCCUUGGAUCGGUUCCUGUUGCUUCCCCUGGAUAUCACCACUCCGCACGAACUGCCCUUCCCAUUCUACGCCGAGCAAGUGGAUCAACAAUUCGAAGACCCUACCCAAAUGCCAGUAUCCCCUGUUGUUCAUUUCACCUCGGCGUUCCUUCGACAAACGCGGAAGAUCAUGCUCGAAUUCGGGAAAGAUGCGAUGGAGCUGCACGAUAUUGUUGCUGUUUGGUGUGCGAUUGAGAACCCGCCCGUCCCAGAUGGGAUGCCGAAUAGGUUGGGCGCCAAUUGGAAAGCGUGUCGACGACUCUUCGAUAUCGAAAGAACCGGUGAACUAACGCGCGGUUUCUUGGUCGUGGAUCGCAGAGAAGACGCUAGCGCCUAUGCACCGGGUGCCAACCGAGCCGAGACUCAAGCCGAGUUGGAAAAACUUGGAACGAACCAUCGCAUGCUCGAGUCAACAGCGUUACCUGCCCAAGUCGAGACGGAGUCGAAGCUAGAAGAUGGACAUGGAUCUGGUGUACUCUGUGUUCACGAGACGCCUGGCCCAGCGGCACUGCUGCGCUUGCUAGCACAUAGAGUAUGGGGUGUCCCGCACCCGUAG